AUGCCCACCAAUUCCGGCAUCACCACCGACGCCACAACCGGCCAGCGCUACAUCCCCUCGUCAGUCCGCGCCGACGGCUCCACGCGCCGCGAGAUCAAGGUCAAGCCUGGCUACAAACCCCCCGAGGACGUAGAGCUCUACAGGAACCGCGGUGCCGCUGCCUGGAAAUCUCGUGGCCGUGGUGGGGUGCCGGGUGCGGAAACCGUGAGCAGCGGGGACGACAAGGAAAAGGCUGCUCAGAGUGCUACCAGCAUCAAGAACGCCAAACGCCGUGAGGCCAAGCAGAAGGCCAAGGAGAACGAAGCGGCCGACAAUGCCACUGAGAAGAAGGGCACCGACUCGGACAACUGGCGUGCGCAGGCGCCUGCCCCAACCCCGAAGAAGGAUGAACAACCCGUCGAGGACCCCGUCGACGCCGAGGCCGAGAAAGAGAAGAAGGCUCGGAACUUGAAGAAGAAACUCCGCCAGGCACGCGACCUCAAAGAGAAGAAGACCCAGGGCGAGUCCCUGCUUCCCGAGCAGCUAGAGAAGGUCAUCAAGAUCCAGGAGCUUGUACGACAGCUCGAUCUUCUCGGAUUCGACUCCAAUGGCGAGAAGAAAGAGAGUUCUGGUAAGGACAUGGUCUGA